AUGUGGAGCUGCCCACUCAACGGCACGGGCGGCGAGGACCAGCUCCCCUGCCAGCACGUCCAGCGGGCCCUGUCCGCCCUCUCGCUGCUCUACCUGCUUGUCGGCGUCCCCCUCGGCCUGGGCUACAACGCCCUGCUGCUGCUGGUCAACCUGCACGACCCGGGCGGUAUGACCAUGCCCGACGUCUACUUCGCCAAUAUGGCCGCGGCCGGCCUGGUCCUCAGCGCCCUGGCGCCCGCGCACCUGCUGGGCCCCGGCGCUGCCGGCUGGGCCGUGUGGGACGUGGGCAGCGAGGUCCACGUCACGCUGCUGGUGCUGUUCAACGUGGCGGCGCUGGUGACCCUGUACUCCACGGCGCUGCUGGCCCUCGACUGCUACAUCGAGCGGGCGCUGCCGCGCACCUACAUGUCGAGCGUCUACAACACCAGGCACGUGUGCGGCUUCGUGUGGGGCGGCGCCCUGCUCACCGGCUUCUCCUCGCUGCUCUUCUACAUCUGCAGCCACGUGGCCGCCAGGCUGGCCGAGUGCUCCCGGGUGCGGGACACGGAGGCGGCCGACGCCAUCAUGCUGCUCAGCGGGUACCUGGUGCCCGGCCUGGCCGCGCUGUACGCGCUCGUGCUCCUCACGCGGAUCCGGAAGGAGGCCACGCCGCUCGACCGGGACGUGGGCCAGCCGGACCCCGCGGCGCACAGGCUGCUGGUGGCCACCGUGUGCGCGCAGUUCGGGCUCUGGACUCCCCACUACCUGACGCUCCUGGGGCGCACGGUGCUGGCUGCGCGGGGGAGGCCGGUGGACGGGCACCACCUGGGGACGCUGCUCCUUGCCAAGGACCUGUCCAGGUUCCUGGCCUUCGCCAGCAGCACUGUGGUGCCGCUUCUUUACCGCCACAUCGACAGAAACUUCCCCGGCAAACUCCGGCGGCUGAUGAAGAAGCUGCAACGUGGGCACCAGAGCUGCUCCUUGGACGAAGCGGGGGCACAACCGGCGAUGGCGUAGACGCUGCUCCACGGGCCUCGGCCAACCGAGGGGCAGACGGCGCGUGGCAGAAGGCACAGCCCGCAGUGACCGGGUCCCCCGCGCCCGAUGCUUGCUCCCUCCCGGGUCUGGCAUCCAGGAGACUUGCUGACCCUGCAUCGCCCGCUCCCUCCCUCCCUCUCCCCAGGAGACCAGGCAGAACCAGGCGAGUCCCCUUGGAGCUUCCCGUGUCCUCCCACAAGAAGCCACCCUCAGGCCAAGGCCAUGAUGUCCGAGCAGCAGGUGCCAGGUGUGAGGAUGAGCUGUGCCAUCGGGGCACCUUGCUGCCCGCGACCGGGUGUGUGCUUGUCUCCUACGGGUGCCUUUCAGGUCCACGCCUGCAGCAGCCUGCUUCCCUCAGCCUCGUGUCUGGCUUUCAGAUGAGUGAUGCAGAUCUAACGCCACUAUUUAUACUUUGUUAAAAUACUCCAUCCC